CCGACUGAACGUGACGUGCGAACCGGAGACGAGGAGCGAGGUUUCCUGGCGGAGCAGCGGAGGGAGCAGGAGCCGAGUCUUUAGCGCAAACCCCCUCCUCUUCAGCACACCGCCGGUAGCCAUGGCUCCAUCGCUGUCCUCCUGAGCUACCCUCACUCCGUGGCUGCUUCAGUAACCCCAGAAGAGGGAAGGAGGAAGAGGAGGAGGGGGCAUCCCUAUCGGUCUCCAGCUAUCAGGCUGACUCACCCCAAGAGUGCCUGAACACAUACGGAGAAGUUUCAGAGAACCUUCAAGCGAGGAGCGCUUUGAAACGGAGCUGAAGAAGGAAGGCGGGGAGAAGAGGAGAAGGGGGAGAGAGACAGACGAUAGCAAGUGAAAAGGGGAGCUGCAUCUUCGCUGACGAGGAGAAGAGAAAGUGAAUAUAGAGAAAGAACGAAGAAAAAGUUUAUUACAGAGCAAAGAAGGUGAAGAAAAGGUGCAGAUCCGUCAAAAGGUCGAGCUGACCGCUCCGAGUUCUGAGGGAAAACAACCUACCCACUACACCUCCGACUGCUGUCUCAGAAAGGUCACCACACUGGGAGAACUGGGAGAGCUGGUGUUGAGGAGAAGCCACCAUGAGCGACCAGAACGUCGUCAAGGAAGGCUGGGUCCAGAAAAGAGGCGAAUACAUCAAGAACUGGCGACCACGUUACUUUCUGCUCAAGACGGACGGCUCCUUCAUUGGAUACAAGGACAAACCCCAGGACUCGGACCUGGCCUAUCCACUCAACAACUUCUCUGUAGCAAAAUGUCAGCUGAUGAAGACAGAACGACCCAAACCAAACACAUUCAUCAUCCGCUGUCUGCAGUGGACCACCGUUAUCGAGAGGACCUUUCAUGUCGACACUCCUGAUGAGAGGGACGAGUGGGCGGAGGCCAUCCAGAUGGUAGCAGAGUCACUGGCUAAGCAGGAGGAGGAAGGCAUCCUGUGCAGCCCCACUUCCCAGAUCGAGAACGUUAACGAGGAGGAGAUGGACACCUCCAUCAGCCACUACAAACGAAAGACAAUGAAUGACUUUGACUAUCUGAAGCUUCUGGGUAAAGGCACGUUUGGGAAAGUCAUUCUGGUGAGGGAGAAGGCGAGUGGCACCUACUAUGCCAUGAAGAUCCUGAAGAAAGAAGUCAUUAUAGCCAAGGAUGAAGUCGCUCACACGCUCACAGAAAGUAGAGUAUUGAAAAACACUAGACAUCCGUUCCUAACGUCUUUAAAGUACUCCUUCCAAACCAAGGAUCGGCUUUGCUUUGUAAUGGAAUACGUCAAUGGAGGAGAGGUUCUGGAGGACAAUGACUACGGGCGAGCGGUGGACUGGUGGGGUUUGGGUGUAGUGACGUACGAGAUGAUGUGCGGCCGACUUCCGUUCUACAACCAGGACCACGAGAAGCUGUUUGAACUCAUCCUGAUGGAAGAGAUCAAGUUCCCACGGACCCUGUCUGCUGAUGCCAAGUCACUGCUGUCAGGGCUGCUGAUCAAAGACCCCAACAAACGGUUGGGCGGCGGGCCGGAUGACGCAAAGGAGAUUAUGAGGCACAGCUUCUUCGGCACAGUCGAUUGGCAGGACGUGUACGACAAGAAGCUGGUCCCGCCCUUCCAGCCGCAGGUCUCCUCAGAGACGGACACGCGCUACUUCGAUGAAGAGUUCACGGCACAGACCAUCACCAUCACUCCACCAGAGAAAUAUGACGAGGACGGGAUGGAUGCAGCAGACAACGAACGACGGCCUCAUUUCCCACAGUUCUCCUACUCAGCCAGCGGGCGGGAGUGAGCGCUCGGUCCCAGUCAGCCACCGUCGUCCCCAUUCGUGGCCAUUUUGAGGAAAACACGUAGCCAUUCUAGGAAAAAGAAAAUACCAGUCUCCCCUCUUUCUCCUCGUCUGCCUCGUCACAGCGGGGGAGAAGUCUUUUUAGGGACUUUAAAAGAGGUUUUUGCACAGUGGGAUAGACUCAAGCUGGUCUCCCCACACUAAAAAAAAAAAAAAAAAAGUCUCCUACAUCUUCAGCGCUAUUUACUGCAGAAGGCAAUGUUUUUGUUAUUUAUUUUUUAUUUUCUCUCUCCACCAGUAUUAAGUUGUUGAACCCAUGAUCUUUGCGAUGAUCUUUAUGUUUGUCGUUUCUGCCCUUUUUUUUUUUUUUUUUGAUGUUUUUGCACUUGGUUUCGAAGAGCCGUUUUAGGGAACAAAAAACCAAAAAUGUUGCCUUACGUGUGCAAAUGUUUUGUAUCAUGCAGACAGGGUGGUUUUGCUGUUGUCUGUUUGUUUAGUUUUUUUUCUUUCGGGAGAGGGCAGCCGGAUUUUGGGUCCGGAGGGGGAAGGGUUGUCGCCCUUUAUUCGGGGAUAAGCGCAUGGCUCCAGGUUCACUCAUUUCAAAAGGAAAACAAAAACAUCUGUUCGUUUUGUCAUGGUGGCACACCUUCCUAAUGCCAUGGCAAAGAAAAUCAGCUGAGAAAUAAGAAAUGAGUCUGUACCGUUUCCUUCAUGGCUGCAGCGUCGCUACUUUUUUACCGUAUCAGAUCGACUUUAUGGUUCCUUUUUCUGAAACACUAAACUGCCGCACAGCUCACUCAGGCGCUACAGAGCACAAGCAGGUUCAGACUCAGCUAAGCGCUCCAGCUUUCCACAGCCACACUCUAUCUCUGCUUCUCACUCCUCCUCUUCUGUUUGCUCGUCUUUGCUCUAAGACAAGGGG